AAUAGUCAGUUAAUAAAGUUAAUAGUUAACUAACAGAGUUAAUAGUCAGUUAACAGAGUUAACAGUAAGCUAAUAGAACUAUUAUUAAUAUGUGAAUAUUUUUUGCUCUUUGUUUUGAAUGGUUUCUAAUGUGCAGAUUUUGGGUGUCAAGAAUUUGGUUUAUUCUGGGGCAUUUACUGUUGAUUUAGACAGGAAUGUAGAUGAAGAGCAGAGGGUUGAAAGGACGAGGAGUAGGUUUUUGAUUUUGGGAUUUGCUAGGAUUUGGUUAAGGCUUUCACGCAUUUGGAGUUCUGUUACACUUCUGAGACUGAAGCAUAAGGGUGGAUUGGACACAGUUGAAAUCGAUGAGAAUGCCUGUGGGAAUAUUAGAGAAAAUCAGAUUGGAGGCAGCCAAGUGGUUGAGGAAGUAGAAGCAGGUUUAGGCACUCAAGGUAUGCCUUGACAUACUCAUUUUCUUAAAUGCGAAAGCACAACCAUGUCUUUGUUCUUGAUCCAUAAAAAUAAUUUUGCCAGUAUCAACUCCAACAAAGUUCUCCAAAAUAGCUUCAUCUUUAAAAACUUUUGACAUUGCUCCAAAAACAUAGGAACCAAGCUAGUACAACCAAAGACAAUUCCUCUUUUUUUUUUUUUUUCCUGUUCAUGGUAUAUGAUGUUCAAUAAACUAUAGACAAGGCUGUUUACUGGGGAAAAUGGUAGGUAUGAAUUUUAAACCAUAUGUAUGUUAAGAAGUAUAAAAAUACAGGUUUUAAUAGAAUAGAAUAAACAUGAACAGAAAACACAGAGCACAAUAUAAUUAUAAUGAGCAGCAGUCUGCAGUCUCAUACAACUAAAAGCAUCAUAGGCAGAAGAUAUUGCAUCAUUUGUCUCCCUUCUACCCAUGCAAGGAAUUUCAGCUAUAAUUACUCCGGUAGCUGGAUUGUUAACCUACAAUAAUAUGAAGCAUUAGUAGGCAGAGGUUAGAAAGAAUAACAAAGAAAUGCACAACAU